AUGGGAGGCAAAAAAGGCGGCGGAGGCAAAGGCAAGGGCGGCAAAGGAAACAAGCUGGCUCGAAUGUCGGAAGAAGAGCGUCUCCGUUACUUGCAACAUCGCGCGGAUAUGGAAGAGGAAGCUCGUCGCAGGAAGCAACAACUCAUCGCGACUUUUAUGAAGAACAAACUCAAGAAGGAAGAUGCCUUUAGUCGUUUGAAUCUCGCCAAAAUCAACCAAGAUUGGCGUUCGUUGCUUCGAAACAUCAAAUGUGCCCAACUAACGGACGAAAUAAAUGCCGUGGAAAAGGAAUGCUUGAAAAUGGUCGAACGCAAAAAUUCCGUAAUCCGAAGACUUUUGUGCGAUUUGGACGAAUCCGAGGAAAUUUAUUCUACCAUGUUGCAUUCCCACAUGGAAAAUAUCGAACGCUUGAUCGUAAUUCACCGAGAUCGCGUUCAUUUUUUGCGCAGUUGGUAUCUCGAGGAGAAAGCAAGUCGCUUGAAACACUACGAUGACGAGAUAAAAAUUUACAAGGCAAAAAAAUCCGAAGCCCAAAAAGAAUUAGAGUGCGUUUAUUAUGGCUUAGCGGAAAAAGCGAAUGCUGAACGCAAGGCCAACGAAGAGGAGCACAUGCAGAAAAAGGAUAGCUUGAAGAACUCGAUGAUACUGAAGCUCGAGGAGAUCACGAAGCAACGCGAGGCCUAUAUGGAACGCUUGUGGACCGAAUUUCAGCAAAUUAUGUCGCGAUAUCUGAAAAGUACGGAAGACUACAGGAACGAUUAUGUGGAUUUGCGGCAGCGCGACAACAGUGACACGAAAUACAUUGAGUCGCAUUACAUGGAGGUGACACGUGCCUCCGACAUUAUUGCCGAUUUGAAAGCAAAAUACUCGACAUUGAAGGACGAACAUGAAUUUAAUGUGGAGCAGUUGACGAAAUAUCGGAAGGAUUUGCACGAUAGAUGCGAAAAUUUGAAGCAGGAACUCGAAUUGGGGCUUGCGACAGACAAACAAAGGUUGAAACAGCUCGUUUUGUGGUCAAAUGCUAUUCUAAAGAAAUUAGACCAUUUGGACAAACGUGGAAAGCAUAUUUUACAAAUUGCCAACUUUUGUUCGAAAUUCGAGAGUGACAGGGACGAACUCCGUUUCCAACGAGGCCCGAAAAAAGCUUUUCUCGAAAUAACCGAUGGCGAUGCCUUAUCUGAGGAAUUCCGAGCCAUCAUGGAAAAGCCCGUUGACACACUCCAAUCGCAACUGGACUACUUUUGGCGCCGUUACAACAAAACCAAGAUCGAUUGUGCCUGUUUGAAGGAAGAAAAGCAAUCUCUAAAAGCGGAAAAUAUUCGUUUGAAGGCAGCCUUGAAGGAUUAUCUCGUAAACGUUAGCAUCACAACAGGAACAACAAUAAAAUCGCGCGAACAUUCGCAAUUCGUUCCGAGGCCGCACAGCAUGAAGGUCGAGAAAGUGAUGCACAUUGAUUUGACAAAAACUUCAGCGAUGAAAGGCGACAUGGGCAAAGGGAGACGUCGUCCUGUCACAUGCAUCGAAGCGAAUUUCAGCAAUGCCGUUCGAAGUCGUUCGCUGGUUGAGCUGCGAAAUCGCCCGAUUGAGAUUUAUUCGUUAGUUCCAAAGUGCUGA